AUGAGCCUUCGCAAGGUGAAGGGCGACUUUAAUCGCAUCUUCGACAAGACGCUCACCGAUCUGGUGCGGGGCAUACGCAAUAACAAGGAGAAUGAGGCAAAGUACAUUGCGCAGUGUGUGGAGGAGAUCAAAGAGGAGCUCCGGCACGACAGUCUCUUCGUGAAGGCGAACGCCAUCUCCAAGUUGACAUAUCUUCAAAUGCUGGGCUACGACAUCAGCUGGUCCUCCUUCAACAUCAUCGAGGUGAUGAGCUCGACCAAGUUUUCGCACAAGCGCAUCGGCUAUCUCGCCGCCUCGCAGUGCUUCCACGAGAACACCGAGGUGAUGAUGCUCACCACCAACAUGAUUCGAAAGGACCUGAACUCGCAGAACAUGUACGACGCGGGCUGCGCCAUGAGCGGCCUCGCCUGCUUCGUCACCACCGACAUCAGCCGCGACCUGGCCAACGACGUCCUGACGCUGCUCAACUCGACGAAGCCCUACCUGCGGAAGAAGGCCGUCCUCCUCAUGUACAAGAUCUUCCUGAAGUUUCCCGAUGCCUUGAAGCCCGCCUUUCCCCGCCUGAAGGAGAAGCUGGAGGACCCCGACCCGGGCGUCCAGUCGGCGGCGGUCAAUGUGAUCUGUGAGCUCGCCCGGAAGAACCCCAAGAACUACCUGCCCCUGGCGCCCGUCUUCUUCAAGCUGAUGACCAGCUCCACCAACAACUGGAUGCUCAUCAAGAUCAUCAAGCUG